AUGUCUCGCCCAAACCUGGGCAAAUCAUCGCAGGAUGACCCUCCAUCGUCAUUUCCGGUAUCGUCCCCCACUUUCUGGGCUGAAGCGGCCAAGUUGGACAUCGGGGACGGCGGGGCUGGUCACAAUGGUCAGCCCUCCGCAAAGAGGCGUCGACUGAGUCCACCGCCACUGUCUCUUCCCAGAUCUCCUCUGGCUAGGAUGGAGCAGCUGGAGGAGCUUGCGGCUCUCCAAGGGCCAAGCGGCAUCCCAGAACGCGAGCGAUCACCCGGUACGACCCUCUCCUACCUCCCCAAUCGCGCCGACCCCUUCGCGGACCUCUCCUCCCACUCGUACCUCGCCGGCGCGGAGUAUGCUCCCAACAAAUUCGGCGACAUUGGCGACUAUAUGCGCAAGAAGGAAAUCAAGGUCCAAACACAGAAUCGGGAUAUCGCACUGGCCGAUCCAGCCGCCGCCAACCUCCCCCAGAUCUUCAAGGAUCUCUCCUUCUACAUCAACGGGAAUACGCACCCGCCGAUGGAGGAGAUCCGGAAGAUGAUUCUUCAGCGGGGAGGGGAGGUGCGGCCUGUCUUGCGGAGUAAAGGGAUGGUCAAGUACAUCAUUGCGCCGAUGUUGACGCAGAUGAAGUUCAAGCAGUUUGUGAAUUACAAGGUGGUUAGGGAGGGGUGGAUAUUGGAGAGCUGUAAGGAGGGGAAACUGCUCGAUUGGACGAGGUGGAAGUUGGCGGUUCAGGGGGGGUGGGAGGAGGAGGGGAGGAAAGGGCUCGAGGGAUUCUUUAAGGGCGAGCCGACGCAGAGGGCCAAGAGAGAACGGGAGGAGGAAGAGGAAGAAGAAGAGGAAGAAGAGGUGGAGGAGAGGAGUGCGAAGCAGGUCGAUAUGCCCGGUAGCACGAAAGUCACUUCACCACCUCCGGCUCCUGUUGUUUCCUCAUCUACCAAGCUCGCGACGCCAUCAAAGCUGCAGCCCGUCGACCCCUUCGCCUCCCGCCAAAGCCCAGUCAAGCCGCCUACGCCCAAGAAGGAGACACCCAAGCGUGCCGAGACACAAUGGGAGUUCUACGCCUCCAAGGAGAGCAACGAAGAUGCGGCACGCCUGCUCAAGGACCAGGAGUGGCGGUUGAAGAAUACGGCGGAGAGGGGGAACGAAGGAGGCUUUAUCGAUGGGUACUACCAGAACAGUCGUCUGCACCACCUCUCCACGUGGAAGACCGAGCUUCGCGUUCUGGUCGCUACCGCCCAACGCCAAUCCGAAGAGAACUCGCUGGCCGCUCCGGCACCCACCACCCUCUCACAUCUCUCCCUCUCUACAUCCGUCCUUCCUACUCGCGCCGCCCCCGUUGUCGGUACCGGCCAGAAAUACAUAUUUCACGUCGACUUCGACUGCUUCUUCGUUUCCUGUGGCCUGGCGACUCGGCCUCAUCUCUGUGGAAAACCGUCGGUGGUUUGCCAUUCGACAGGCGGGAGGAUGGAGGGGAGUACGAGCGAGAUUGCGUCGGCGAGCUAUGAGGCGAGAGCGAAGGGAGUGAAGAACGGGAUGAGUCUGGGUAGAGCGCGGACUCUGGUUGGAGAGGAUCUACUGACGAUUCCGUAUGAGUUCGAAACAUACAAGAAAUAUUCGUUAGCGUUCUACACUGUGCUUAUGGGAUAUGCGGACGAGCUGCAGGCGGUGAGCGUGGACGAGGCGCUCAUCGAUGCUACAAGCGCUGUGGCGGCGAGGGAAGCUGCGCCGGAGGAAGCCGAUGAAGAUGGCGCGGAGAAGCGAAUACCGAAACGACCUAGAGAUGCGGCUGUCGAGAUCGCCCAGAAGAUCCGGGAUGAUAUUCGCAAAGAGACUGGGUGUGAAGUCAGUAUAGGUAUCUCGCACAACGUCUUCCUCUCCAAGCUCGCUACACGCCGCGCCAAACCCGCAGGCGUGUACCACCUGACGACCGCCGAAAUCCCGACUUUCCUAGCCCCGCUCGACGUGGAAGACUUCCCCUCGGUCGGGUACUCCAUCAAGUCCAAGAUUGAGGAGAAGUUCGGGACGACCAUCGCGGGGGAAUUGAUGGAGCAUCCGAAAGGCGCCUUCCGGGGUGUUUUGGGCCCAAAGACAGGCGAGAUGGUCUGGGGGUAUUUGAGGGGGAUGGACGAUCGGAAAUUGGAGCCGCACAAGGAGAGGAAGAGUAUCAGUGCCGAGAUGAAUUAUGGAAUCCGGUUUCGGAAUGACGAGCAGGCGGAGAUUUGCGUGAGGGAUCUAGCGGCGGAGGUCGCUAAGCGGAUGAAACAGGUCAAUGCCAAGGGCAGGCUGUUGACGCUCAAGAUUAUGAAGCGGCAUCCGGAAGCUCCUAUUGAGCCACCUAAAUUCCUCGGACACGGGUGGUGCGAGACUUUCAACAAGUCCUCUUCGGUCGGCACGAAAGGCGGUGGAUCGACGGACGAUCCCGAGAUACUCGGCGUAGAAGCCGUCAAGCUUCUCCGCACGCUAGGUCUCGAUCCUGUCGAGCUGAGAGGGGUCGGGAUACAGAUGACGAAGCUGGAUGGGGAGAAGGCGGAGAGGGAGGCGGGGCAGGGGGCGGAACGGGAACCUCCUCCUAUCUCUCGAUCGGCACUUCCGAACGCUUCGGCGGGUCCAUCUCGGUUGGCCCCCGCGGCCUCGUCAGACGGUAUCGACCCGGAUUUCCUCGCUGCUCUGCCCGAAGACCUCCAGCGGGAAAUUCGCGCAGAACACGCCCGCGCCCGAGCCGCCAAGAAGGCCCCUCUUAUUCCCGUCAAGCCCACCCUAGCACCGGCCAAACCCCUCCCCCGCGCCGCUCCUGGGAGGCACUCGGCUGCGCAUAUCUCGAAGCAGUUGAGGCCGAAGACAAAGACUCAGAUGAAGGCGGGGCAGAUUGCGGAUCUGGCGUUGUAUUCCGCUUGGAACAAGGCCAAGGCGGGGGAGCUGGACCCGACCUCCAAAAUCGGCCUCUACUUUGUCAAAGACCUGUGCGAGCUCGGGAUCGACCCAACGGUCUUCUCGGAGCUUCCCUCGGAUAUGCAGAAAGAGGUCAUCACUGAGGAACGCCGGAAACAGCGGCAACGCCUCGCCCUUCAUCGACCGGCGGAUACCUCCCGUAUCCGCGCCAAAGAAAGGGAAGCGGACAAGUCCAAGGGUCUCGGUCUAGGCUUUGAUCGGGCAUCUACCAGUCCGCGCGGAUCGCGAGCGGGAAGUCUGCCGGUCACUCGUCCAGCUGUCGUUCGGCCUGAAUCUCGUCGGCCAGCCAUGCUGAAUGCGACGAAGUUGCCAGAUGUGCUGGACACGAUCACAAAGUGGGUGGAUUCGCGAGGCGGGAAGGGACCGGCAGAGAGGGACGCGAAGAAGGUGGAGGCGUAUCUGGUCAAGUUGAUGGAGCCGGGUGUGGGACUGGGUGGAGUGGAGGCGGCAAUAGAAUGUUUGAAGUGGUUGAAGGUCAUUUUGGGGGAGAGGUGGAAGGAUGAGGCGGAUCGGAAAGCGGGAAAGGAAUGGUGGGAUACGUGGAGAAGGUUCUUGGGGAGCGUCAGUAAGCGGUGCGAGGAGACAAUGGGGGCGCCGAUCAGGUUGUAA